AGAAGAAUGUCUCGUGAGAAGAGACAGAGGCCAAUCCCUUCUCCAGUGUCUUCAAAUCAUGAUAGUGAUGAGGAGCUGCAGCCUGAGCCAAGACAGAGUUCAGGGUCUAUACAUCAUCAACAGACACAGGGAAAUAAUGAGGAUACUGACACCUCUGAGGCUGAGGUUCCUGCUCACUCCAAAUCUAAAAACAAAUAGGCUAUCCGAUCUGCCAGAUUUAACAAUGCAGAGAAUGAUGCAUUAAUCGAUGGUGUUGACAAAUUUUAUGACAAGCUUUUAGGUCAUCGCUCUGCUAAAACUCAUCCGAGUGAAAAGAUGAAAAUAUGGCGGAAAAUUGCAGAUAAUGUUACUGCAGUUUCUGGUGUAGUCAGGGAAGUAGAUGUAUGUAAAAAAAGAUACAGUGAUUGCAGGAGAUGCACCAAGAAAAAAAUGGCCAAAGAACAUAAUUAUAAAAAAGGUGCAGCUGGAGGACCGGCAUUGGACAUAACUUGGCUGCCCUGGGAAGAAAAAAUAAUUCAGAGAAUGAAUCCAGCUAUGGUUCAAGGCUUGCCAGCAAGCAUAGAUAGCAGCAUUUCCAGGCCUGCUACAAGCACAGAUAUAAGAGAAUCAAUGGAAAGACAUCAAGGUCCAUCAACAAGUGGUACUGCUCACAGACACUCGGCCUUCAGUCUCAAGUCAGGCACAAAGUGGAAUUCAAGAAAGAACUUGUACGGAGAGUCAAGAAGGAAGACCAAGUAAAAAAAUACGCACUGCAGAAGUUGAAAAAAGGGCAAAAUCCCAUCACCCUAAACAAGCCAGGAUGGCAUCAAUGGUCAGCAGAAUACACACUGAAGAAGAUCCCAGUGAAACACAUCGACCAAGACAAGUUCAGGUAUCUGGUAGCGGGAGUAGACAAGCCACAGCUUCAAAGUCUUCAACAGGCCAAGGUAGAUUGACCAUGAGUCAACUGACGAGUGAGGAUGUAAGAAGAAGACAUGACAAAGCCGUAAAAAACGUCCAAGCUGAUCCGACUCCAGGAAAAUUAAUUCAUAAAAAAUUUACUGAAAAAUUGACACCCUCACAUAUUCUGGAAAGCAGCACCGCUGCCAUAUUGACGAUAACCCAGGACCCACAGCCCACUGCGGAAGAUUUAAUUUCCACUUCUCCUUCAAGCCCAAUAAAUGAGCCAUUUCAGGAACCAGAACAAGAGAGUACACGAUUAUCUGACGUACACACCAACACAUUGGAGGAGCUGAUUGAAUCUGCCACAGCAAUUACUGCAGCUUUUUCCCCUGAGGAAGAUGUAGAACCUUUAGAUGAGCCUGGUAGGACACAAGUAUCAUCUCCUAUAGAAAGUCAAUUUCAAGUGUUGGAGGAUGUACGGACAGGCCUAUCGACAGGGACUACUGAACGUGUGAAUGACAUAGCGAGACAAAUGGAGAACAGACAAGAAAGCUUUCGUGUAACCGUAGACCACCGUCUGCUAAAGAUGUACGAAACACUGGGACGUUUCUCUGAUUAUCUAAGAGAUGUGACAACCUCCACUUCUACCGUGUUACAGGGCAUAGAGUCCAAACUAGGUACCAUGAUUGUUGCCUUAAACAAACUUGUGGACAACACUUCGUGCCAGGGAAACAGCCUACAAAUCACGCAGACCAGCCAUAGCCAAACUGCAGCAAAUACAUCUCUAAUAGCUACACAACUCCAAACUAUGAAUACCAUCAUGUUGAAGAUGUUGGCUGCUUUGAGUCAGGGACAACACCAUCCAGCCAUUCAAGAAUCAACUCAACCAUUUCCAGGUUUUGGUCAAGAGGGACAAUUACAUGGAUUGGACUCUGGUGAUGUUCAUCCGCAAAUGCCAACAUCUCCUAGUCCUGCUCCUCCUGAUAGUGCAACCACACCAGGACCAUACACACAACAACAAAAACCAGAUGAAUCACAUUGUUAAUUGUUACUUGUCCUCUCAAAUUGGACCAAUGUCUAUAUGUAAUACUCGUUGUGGUUUGCACUAUCAUUCAUUUUAAUGUUGUACAUUUUACAUUUGUUUCUCAGGGUAAACAUAACUCUGUUUGAUUGUUUGGCAUCCUACCUACAUGAUUUGUUUCUGUGCUUCUGGAUGCUUAUGUGUGUGCACUGUUAAAUGGAGGGAUAUACACUAUACCUAUAUAUUUAUAUAGGUAUACUAUACUAAUUAUAUUGUUAUUUAUUAAAAAAAACC